AUGCACAACGAUUUUGAGCAGCCCCACCUAGAGGAUCUUGUACUCCCAGAUUCUCAGCUCACCGUAGAACUGAAUUCUACAUCGGAUAACCCGGUUAUUAACGUCGAAGAUAAGGACGUACAUUGUGGCGCCAACUUUCAAGCCGCGUCGGUGACUGCAGCCACCGAAAAAGUUCGCCUCUCGCUGCAGUCGAUUGGAAAGAUGCUUUUCAGUCAGGUUAGCGAAAUGAUCAACCAUGAUCUUAGCAACGGUCUCCCUCCCAAUCUUGCUGCCGAUGAUCCAAGCGUGUCCUUUUGUCUUAAAGGUCUCGAUGCCAACACUGCUGCUUACACAUCCGAACUCGGGUUUCUUGCUAAUCCAGUAAGCAACCACGUCCAAUCUGCCGAGAUGCACAAUCAGUCUAUCAAUUCCUUGGGUUUGCUUUCUGCACGACAGACAUUUGCCGCUAUCGAAUGUCUCUCUAUGAUCGCUGCCAACGCUCUCUACACAGCUUGCCAGGGCGUGGAUAUUUGGACACUACAUCGUACCUUCCUCGACAAACUCAGAAAGCCAGCUGAGGAACUGCUUGCUUCGUCCCUCCAAAUUGAAGAUGCAAAGCUUGUUUCCAGGUUCUGGACUCGUUUCGAAGAGACCUGGUACAAAGGGGCCCCGCUUGAUGCCGACGAACGGGCUGAUAAAGUCUCUGAUGUCCUUUCGGCAGUUAUCAUCACCAGCUCCGAGGCUAGCAGUGACAUCAGCGUAACUCAGUUAUCAAAGACACGACAAACUCUCAGAGACUUAGUUCUCAACACCUAUGUCCAGCAUCGUGAGGCCUUCUUCAAGAAGCCAAGCACCCCGGAAUACCUUGGCAACGGCACCAAGGUUCUCUACCGCUUCGUCCGCAAGAAAUUACAGGUCCCACUCCACCGAGGAUUGAUCGAACACCCAGUUGCUGGCGCAAAAGACAACAACAUGAUUGAUGGAAGGCCCAAGAAGACUAUUGGCUCCUGGGUUUCUAUUAUCUACGAGGCUGUUCGCAAUGGAGAGCUGUACAGCGAGAUUUUAGAGUUCCUUCAAGAUGAAGACAGCAGCAACCGUGUACACAGAAAUGGUAACGGUGAGUACACGAACGGCAAUGGUGUACAUCCCAAUGGCAAUGGCGUACAUAUCAAUGGAAAUGUUAUUAACGGCAAUGGCAACGGGAUUCACACAUAA